AUGAGUUCCGAUAACAAAUCCCAUACUCUCAACGAGAAAUAUGCCACUGACAAUGGAGCCCAUGAGCCGGGUAGCCUCGCGGCUCAUGUCAGGGGUCGACAAUUCAGCGUCGACCCAGAAGAUCAGACUAUGGUGCAGGGCGACCAGUACGCGCUGCACCGUGAUCUCAAGGGCCGACACAUGCAAAUGAUCGCCAUUGGUGGUGCUAUUGGUGCCGGUCUCUUCAUUGGUUCUGGUGGUGCCUUUCAGACUGGUGGACCUGCUUCUGUACUUCUCGGUUUCAUGAUCAUCGGUAAGUCCUACCUUAUGAUGCAGGCUCUUGCCGAGAUGUCCGUUAUGUAUCCGAUCAACGGCGCUUUCACAAUGUACAUCUGCCGCUUCGUUGAUCCCUCAUUCGGGUUUGCGUGCGGCUGGGAGUACGCCAUCAGUUGGUUGACUGUUCUUCCCUUCGAAGUAUCUGCCGCCUGUAAUAUUAUCCACUACUGGCCUGGAUCAGAGGGUAUCAACAACAGCGCUUGGAUCGUUCCAUUGCUCGUGGCCUUGGUUGCUAUCCAAUUCUUUGGCGUGAGGGGAUAUGGCGAGGUCGAAUUUGCCCUCAGUAUUCUCAAGAUCAUUGCUUGCAUAGGGUUUAUGAUUCUUGGAAUAAUAAUCGACUGCGGCGGUGUCCCAACAGAUGACAGAGGCUACAUUGGUGCAAGAUACUGGCAUCACCCUUAUGAGGCAUUUCUCAAUGGCUUCCACGGCUUCUGCAGUGUCUUUGUCACCGCAGCUUUCGCCUACACAGGGACUGAGCUAACUGGACUGGCUGCUGCGGAAACGGCCAACCCCAAAAAGGAGAUUCCACGGGCCUCCAAACAGGUUGUGUGGCGAAUCUUCAUCUUCUACAUCGUCAACCUCUUCCUCGUUGGUUUGAUCGUACCGGAGAACAGCCCCUUGUAUAGUGGUGAAGGCUCCACUUCGCGACAUUCGCCUUUUGUCAUUGCAAUUCAGCUGGCUGGCAUCAAAGUCCUCCCGUCCAUCUUCAACGCUGUCAUCUUGAUUGCAGUCAUGAGUGUUGCCAACUCUUGCACGUUCGGCUCGACUCGAACAAUUCAGGCCCUUGCUGCUAAUGGAAUGGGACCGAAGAUUCUGGCCUACGUGGACAAGAAGGGCCGACCCGUGGCCGUUGUCAUUCUCCAGCUACUCUUCGGCUGUCUGGCAUUCAUUAAUCUGGCAGACAACGGCGGCACCAUCUUCAAUUGGCUUCUGUCAUUGUCGGGUUUGUCAAUUCUCUUCAUCUACGGCGGUAUUGCCCUGGCUCAUAUUCGCUUCCGUGCGGCAUGGAAAGCACAGGGACAUUCCUUGGACGAGCUGCCAUUCCGAGCCGCCUUCGGAGUCUGGGGUUCGUGGGUGUGCUUGUUCAUCAACGUGAUCAGCCUUAUUGCCCAGUUUUACGUUGCGCUCUAUCCCAUCGGUGGUCCUUACCUGGACGCCGACACUUUUUUCCAGCUCUACCUCGCUGGCCCUCUCCUCAUCUUCUUGUACCUGUGCUGGAAGGUGUAUAGCUGGUUUUACCGACCACAAGACCGUCCAUUGUUCAUCAGAGCGAAGGACAUUGAUAUCUACACGGGUAUGCGCGACACUCAAGUCGAUAUCAGUGGCCCAAAUGUCCCAGAUGAGCAGAGACGCGCCAGCAUCAUGGAGCUGCAAGAGGAAAAGAAGAAGAGAGGUGUCAAGGACUGGGUUUUGGCUUUCCUCAGGAACAUCUUCUAA